UUUAUCUGGGAUUUUGAGACCAAGGUCUCCACCGGCAGGAAUCGGGUUUCCUUCGCUUUACUCCUCUGUUUGUCGCUUUUCAAGGGGCCACCAGCUUUUGCUUUCUUUUCACCUGAUAGACCUAUAUAAAUUGUAAGGAAAGUCUAUCUAUGUAAACUGCAUAGAAAGCUUAACGCUUCAGAAGAAGUAAAGCUGUUGAAGAACAGCCUUUAGAUCCUUUUUGUUCCAAACAUUGAAGGAAUCCGCAGUUCACAAGGAAGCUUCCUGCAGUUUCUAAGAGAAUUCGCAUCGAUACUUCGUAUAAAUCUACAACGGUACAACCCCAUCUGCUGCUGUUGUAGUAAUAGUAGUACUAUUAUCUCUUCUUCUCAUUUCCUCCUUCACAUCUUGCUUAGUUAGAACAGGCUAUCAAUCUGUAGUAGCUCUUCUCUUCUAAUCACCUAUUUACCUCUUUUCCUUUGCAUUUCCGUCGCGAUCGUUUGAAACAGAAAAGGGUCAUCUGUGGUUCCGGAGCUUCUAGUACUUGCUUAUUUAAGUGGGCAUCGGUUCUUACUGUUGUCCCACUUCCAGAAAAUUUUCUCAUCCUCCUCUUCUAAAAAGAUCAGAAAAUAAAGAGCAAAAAUGGGAGUUGGAGGUACGUUAGAAUAUUUCUCUGGUUUACUGAGUAGUGGGCAUAAACAAAAGAAAAAGAAGCAGUUGCAGACUGUGGAGCUUAAAGUCAGGAUGGACUGUGAGGGGUGUGAACUCAAAGUCAGAAAAGCCCUCUCUUCAUUGAAAGGGGUUAAAUCAGUUGACAUAAACAUGAAACAGCAGAAGGCGACUGUGACUGGUUAUGUGGAUGCAAAGAAAGUAUUGAAGAAGGCUCAGUCGACGGGAAAAAAGGCUGAGAUUUGGCCAUAUGUUCCUUACAACCUUGUGGCCCAUCCUUACACUGCUCAGGCUUAUGACAAGAAGGCCCCUCCUGGCUAUGUGAGGAAUGUUGAGACCACUGCCACCAGCAUGGUUCACACACAGGAAGAGAAGUACACUACAAUCUUCAGUGAUGAAAACCCAAACGCCUGCUCUAUCAUGUAGAUGCAGAAAAAAGAAAUUGUGAAGUUGUUGAAGCAUUUCUCCACUCACCACUGUAAAAAUCAAACUGGGUUUUUUCCUUGAUGGUUGUAUUUAGUGGAAAACACAGACAUUAGGAGGAAUAAUGGGAGUAGUGAUCAGGUUUUUUUGUUGAGUCGGUAUUUCAUGUUUGAAGCGCGCCUGUUGGCUGUUGCAAACCCAGAACUCUAGAAAGCUCUUUAAUAUAUGAAUAUAGAAAUAUAGAAUGGAUUGUUGAGGCUUGAAGGCAGCUA